UUGAAGUGCGACACUUCCGGUUAUGAGUCAGCCCGCUUUACGGCAGUUUAAACAAACCAAAAUGUCAAGUUUGGUGGGUUGAUAAACCAGCUAGCUGGUACUUAAAAUGCCGUUUCCUUGGAUUUACGUAAGGAAGAAAACUGGAUAAAGGCAAAGAAUCGUAAGAUAAUCAGCGGUCAUUGGGAGCUACGCGAGAUUUUUAAGCUUAUCUCGAACAGACAACGUUAGCUAUGAAGCUAGCUGCAUGAGUAAUGUGCAAGUCAGUCAGCUGACUCAUAAGACGGCAAGCCAGAUAGUAAAGUUUGAAGUGUUUUAGUGCUAAAUAUUCUAAGAGUGAAGUAAAUUGGUGUAGGUUUUACAACGAUUAGUAGUUCAGGGCAUGCAAAAAGUACGUUGUCAAGGCAGUUAAGAAAUAUGACUUGUUUACUUGGUUGCAUAACUGGCUAGACAAGCUAGAAUUAGCUGUACUUUUUAACUAAGAAUAACGUGCUGAACGUCAUGCUAACGUUCAGAAUUAGUUGUUGAACAAGUGAUUAAAAAAAUUGCAAGCUGGUUAAGAAUUACAGUGGCAUUCAGGCAUUGUGCCACUCAUUACUGUGCACUUAUUACUCUCAGGUUAUAUUGUUUUCUAUUCUACUGGUUGGUCCAAAUCUAGAGAAAUCACCAAAUAUCAGCUGAUGUGUGACUAUUUAAAGGAUAGCAGAUCUAAAAUAGAAACCAUGUGGCUUCAGCAGAGAUUUAAGGGACUUCCUGGUUUGCUCUCAAGUAGCUGGGCCAGACGUGUUUUGGUCGUCUUGCUCCUUUUCCUUAUAUUUUACUGGUACUUGAGCUCUGAUGGGAUCUUCAAGUUCCCCGGUUUCUUCCGGAAGCCUGGAGGCGCUGCAGGAGUCUGUCUGCAGACUGAUAUUAACAGAUGGACAACACAAGUUGAACAUGGCGAAGGCAUCAUGAGCACGCCGCAGUUGAAAGUCCCAGCACCGUUUGUAACGGGUAAUGGACACAUCUUGGUGGACGUGGAUUCUAACAAACUCUGGGUGACGUCGUCCUCUCAGCCGGGUUUGGCCCCAGUCCACCUGACGGAAUAUUCCCCCAUAGUACGAUGGCAGAUCCCUGGAGCACGCUCUGAGGCACAGGCUAAGAUGCUGUGGUACAGGAAAGGCUCUGUGCUCUCUUCCCGGUGUAUCCUGCUCGAUAGUUCCCAGUCCUUUCGAGAUUGCGUCGUUAUUCGAGAGGAACAUGUCGCCCACCGGAGCCGACCUAACGUCUACAUCCAGCGGGUUCACAUAAACAACCCUACAGACAAAGCGAUAUCAGUCGAGGUGUCUGUGGAAUCGCCGUCAUUUAGGGGUGUUGCAGAGAAGAUGGAAGAUAAAGAGUUCAUGCUUUCCACUGGAAAAGUUCUCACAGAAAAGAAGGAAACGGUGUUGAUGGCUGUGGGGACAAAACGCUUGAGCACACUGAUCAAGGUCCCUGCGAAAUCCGACCAUACUGAAAACAUAGUGAGCGUAAUUCACACGUCCGAGCCCGUCGAGCCCUCCAAGAUGGAUGAGACCUCCAGCAAACUUCAAGAUGAUGUCAAAAGAGAGAUGGUGGAGUUGCUACGAGUUAAACUGGAAGAUUUGGUCCAGGAGCAUCAGCAGGCGUGGGCGGAUCUUUUCAUAUCGGGUAUAGAGAUUAGGAAAAUCACCGAUGCCCACACGCCAUCGAGCCAGACGGUCAACACUACACUGUACUACAUUCUGUCCUCCUCCACGGCACCCCUGCUGGAGAGCACUCUCAGCACAGAGGAGCGCGAGAAGCUCGAGUCAAGCCUGAACUACGCUGAUCACUGCUUCAGUGGCCACGCCACCAUGCACGCUGAGAACCUGUGGCCUGAGCGCGUGAGCAGCACUGCUUCUCUCCUGCAGCUAGUUAAUCUCUGGACAUUAACUCUCCAAAAACGCGCCUGCAAGGCUCUGGUUUCAGCGGGUGCUCAUGGCAUGAUGCAAGCUGCGACGCUCAGUUUUGGUGGCCUGCAGUUCACAGAGAACCACCUGCAGUUCCAGGCCGAGCCGAGCGUCCUGCAUAAUAGCUAUUCGCUGCGUGGCUUGCGCUACCACCGGGACCGCAUCAGCCUCUCCGUGGUGGCCGACGCAGAGGGCCGGCCCUCUCUGCACGUCUCCGUACAGCCGCAGGAUGAAGAGAAGCCGGUGAAGCUGUACGCCUGCGAGGCAGGGUGCAUCAACGAACCAGUGGAGCUCACGUCUGAGCCCCGGGGUCACGUUUUCCCCGUUUUAGUGACGCAGCCUCUGACGCCGCUGCUCUACAUCUCGACAGACCUGAGGCACCUGCAGGAUCUGCGCCACACUCUGCACGUCAAGGCCAUCCUAGCACACGAUGAGCACAUGGCCAAGCAGGACCCGGGUCUGCCCUUCCUAUUCUGGUUCAGUGUGGCAUCUCUCGUCGCCCUUUUCCACCUCUUCCUCUUCAAGCUCAUCUACAACGAGUACUGCGGCCCCGGGGCCAAGCCGCUCUUCAGGAGCAAGUAUGAGGAUGAGCUCUGUCCCCCAUCAUUUCAUAAAGCAGAUCUUUAAGAUGAAGCCCUUCCUGAAGUCCUGAGGACGACACGUAAAUUCUCAUAAUCAAUCACUUUACUGUGGAAUCUAUCAUUGAAUAUUAUCACUUGCUUAAUUUAUUCAUAGAAAACAGUAUUGCUCUGCUGGUGCUGUAAAGCAGGAAAAGUAGGAUUUGGGAUGUCAUAUUUACACAUAAUGUACAACAUAAUUGCAUAUAUAUAUAUAUAUAUAUAUAUAUAUAUAUAUAUAUAUAUAUAUAUAUAUUUAAAAAAGACAUCCACUAUGCAUUGUGUUAUAUAAAUGAAAAUUAUACACUACAGGGCUAACAUUAAUUUUUAGCUAAAUGCUCAUAUUUCACUAAAGGUAAAUGAUACAUAUAAGGAACUGCUAUUUGUGCUAGUUGUAAUUUUAGGAUCAAGAUUUAAGACUGGAUUUGUUCACUGAUUCCUCAACAUGGGUUCACGUCUGUGAAUUCAUAACGAUCCACAUCACUAAAUGGCUUGCUGUUCCACUUUUUUGUUUUAUUUUUUUUAUUUUUAUUUUUUUUUUAAAAAUAACUCCAUCUGUACUGUAUGAAAUCAAACAAGCCACACUUCCCUUUGCUCAUUUGAUUUAAUACAAUUGUUGAGGCCUCUGGGGGGCGCCCGGGGGCCUCAACAAUUUGGUGUGAAAAAUAAAUAAAUACAUGAUUUUUUCUUUUCCACUCUCAGACAACCACACACACACACACACACACACAAAAUCAAUUCCUAAUCUAAUGUAAUGUAAAGAUGUAAUUAUUAAUAAUAAAAAAAAGGGGGGUGGGGGGAAUAUAUUCAGAAGUCUGUAUUUUUAAUGCGUUUUAAAGACAUCUUGAAAAAGGGGCGCUUCGGCCAAAUGUUAAUGCCAUUUGGGGGGCCUUGCCCUGGAAAAGUUUUGGGAACCCCUGAGGUAGAAUACAUUUCAAGCACAGAGUUAUUGCAAAACUAAUUUUCUGCCACAACUAAAUGCUGAGAGCUGUAGCAAGUGAGUAGUAGCUAUUCAGGAUUCAAAUUAGAGUGUGAAUUGGUGUAUCCCAUGCCCAGAUAGGAUGUACCAUGAAGAAACACCACUAGGUGGUAAUAUUUCAAAUGUACUACAUACUCUGAACUGUAAGAAGAUCAGUGCUCCAAGUGUAAUAUAAGUAAUGCUGGACAGAGAAGGAUAUUUAAAUUGAAGUGAUGGUAAUUAAAGACCUGAAUAAACCUGAAUAAUGCAUAUGCUUGCACAUGUUUAAUGUCUCCUGUUGACAUUAUCUGUAGUGAUUUACACAAUUGCUUAUAAAUCUUUUUUCAUGUCUAAAUGAAUAAUGUAUCCACAUGUACUGAAUGCGGGUAUGACAAGAAUAAUGUAGGUGUAGUGUGCUCUAUCCUAGUUGUAGGAUAUCCUAAAUCAAGACUAUUUAGUUAUAUUUUGUAGUCUAGGGCUAACUCAUUUAGGCACUAAUCACUGUCAUGACACAAUGUAUUUAUAUGGGAUAUGUACAUAAAAAUGGUUUAAAAAUCUAAAAUCUAAACAUGUCUUUGUGAAUAUUAAUGUGUGCAUACAUUUAGGCUGUUCAUAUUUAAUUCAAAUAAUGUGGAUUAUUUGUUUGCUUGUAUACAAAUAAGUUUACAUCUUUCUCAAAUCAGCUGUAUGGCUUGUGCACAUUUUUUUCUUCUUCAAAAUUAUGAACCUUAUGAAGCGGGGUGGAGUGGGGUGGGAAAUAUUUUAUAUGUUAAUUAUUUUAUGUGCUGAAUGUAGUUUUAACAUAGAUUUUUAUGGGUAAUACUGGAUGUUUUGUUGGAAAUUUAGUUUGGAAGGAAUAAAGAUUUUUUUUUCUGUUGA